ACUAAAUGAACUCAACUUUUCAACUUGGCUCACUGAAAACUGAUUGAAUUGAGGUUGCGGUGUCAUUGGCAACUUUUGGACUGACACAGUGGAUUUGGAGACUCAGAUCACUUUUGGAGUAUAGCAACAAACAUAUGCAGUGAUUUUCCUUUUCAUCCAUAUUCAGCAAUGCGCAGUCAAAACCAAUGAAGCCUGCAGUGUGUUAGAGCAGUCUUUUAAGAGCUUGCGGGCCUUGUUUCUUCUUUCAAGGCCUUCACUUUCCCUGUGUCUGAGUCCAAGAGAAGAGUGAGGAUGCCCGUUGCCCUUGGUGGUCCAGUGGGCUACACUCCGCCCGAGGGAGGUUGGGGAUGGAUGGUGGUGGUUGGUGCCUUCAUUUCCAUUGGCUUCUCCUAUGCAUUCCCCAAGUCCAUCACUGUGUUCUUCAAAGAAUUGAAGUCAUUUUCCAAUGUGACCAGCAGUCAGGUGUCAUGGAUUUCAUCAAUUAUGCUCGCUGUUAUGUAUGGCGGAGGUCCAAUUAGCAGUAUUCUGGUAAAUAAAUAUGGGAGUCGUCCUGUCAUGAUGGCUGGGGGUUGCCUGUCUGGAAUCGGCCUCAUAGCGGCUUCCUUUUGUAAUUCUGUGCAAGCGUUGUACUUCUGCAUUGGUGUUGUGGGAGGCUUGGGCCUUGCAUUCAAUCUCAACCCUGCUCUCACUAUGAUUGGAAAGUACUUCUACAAGAGACGGCCUAUCGCUAAUGGACUUGCCAUGGCUGGUAGCCCGGUCUUUCUUUCCACUCUUGCCCCAAUAAACACGUGGUUCUAUGACCAGUUUGGGUGGAGAGGAAGCUUCUUGAUUCUGGGUGGUCUUCUCCUAAACUGCUGCGUCGCUGGUGCCCUCAUGCGCCCCAUUGGACCCAAACCCAAACCACCAGAGAAGACCAGUGAGAGGUGCACUAUGUCUCAGAGAAUUAACAGUUUCAUUGACUUGUCCUUGUUCAAACACAGAGGGUUCCUGCUCUACAUCAUGGGCAAUGUCAUCAUGUUCUUCGGUCUCUUUACUCCCCUCGUGUUUCUCAGUAAUUACGCAAAGAGCAUCCACAUUCCUAAAGAGAAAGCUGCCUUCUUGCUGUCCACGUUGGCUUUUGUGGACAUGGUUGCCCGGCCCUCGAUGGGGCUGGUGGCUAACACAAAAUGGAUCCGCCCCAGAGUGCAGUACUUUUUCGCCGCCUCUGUGCUGUACAAUGGAGUGUGUCAUCUCUGUGCUCCCAUUUCCACAGACUACAAAGGCUUCGUUAUCUAUUCCAUGUUCUUUGGCUUUGCUUUCGGAUGGCUAAGUGCUGUGCUGUUUGAAACACUCAUGGACCUGGUGGGAGCGCAGCGUUUCUCCAGUGCCGUAGGGCUGGUCACUAUUAUUGAGUGUGGUCCUGUGUUGCUAGGACCCCCUCUGCUUGGGAAGUUCAAAGACAUCUAUGACGACUACAGGUAUACCUACCAGGCCUGUGGAAUUCUCCUGGUCGUAUCCAGUGUAUUCCUCUUUCUUGGAAUGGGUCUCAACUAUCACCUCCUGGACAAAGAGAAAAAAGAGGAGGAGCACCUGGCCAGAGUUGGGGGCAGUAGGAAAAUAAAGACUGAGGAGAUAGAAACUAGGAAUAUGGAAGAAGCUACCUAAUGCAUCUUUGUCACUCCUCUCCAAGAAUGCCCAGUAAUUUAGGUUGUAUUCAAUUUCAAGACACAGAUUGAAUGCAAAAUUAUGAGCACAAUUUGUAAACAUCUGUCCACUAUUUUUUCACUAUUUGUUUUAAGUAUUCUGCACUUAUGCACUGAUCCUUCUUACAAGCAUAAAAAGCCUUAUUGUUUAUUUCUGUUAUGGUGUAUGUAAUGUAUGGUGUAAAGUAAAAGUACAGAUAC